AUGUCUUGGAAGACUAUCGCCCGUGACUCCCAGACGAAACUGCUGGAGUCCAUUCCUCAGCGAUGGAGGAUCGACGUCAACAAGUACAAGUCACUGAAGAAUGUCACCGGCGUGCCAGGAACUUGCGGCUUGCUUACGGACGAGCAGCUGGGGAUCACUGAACUGUCAGCAGUCAAGAUUGUGAAAUGCCUGGAGAGACGGGAAUUGAAAGCCGUUCAGGUGCUGGAGGCUUUUGCCGCCCGCACAGCUAUCGCUCAUCAACUGGUCAAUUGCCUGACGGACUGGUUCUAUGAUGAUGCUCUGGAACGUGCAAAAGAACUCGACCAAUACCUCGACACCUAUGGCCGGCUGAGCGGAGUCCUCCAUGGAGUCCCUGUGGCUCUCAAGGACUAUCAUGUGGUUAAAGGCCACGCAACUACAUCAGGUUACGUUUCUAAGAGAGACAACAUCGUUCAACACGACUCUGCGAUCGUCAAGGCCCUGCGGGACGAAGGGGCAAUCUUCUUCUGCAAGACAACAAUGCCCCAAACAGGCAUGGCGCUGGAGACCGUGAGCAAUCUCUGGGGCCGCACAUUAAAUCCCUUUAAUAGGGAUCUGAGUGCUGGAGGUAGCUCAGGCGGAGAUGCCGCGCUCGUAGCCAUGCGAGGGUGUCCUGUCACCCCCUCCACAGACUCCGGGGGUUCCAUUCGUGUACCUGCUGCCUUCAACGGUCUGUACGCCAUCCGACCCACGGCCGAUCGCAUUCCCAAAGGCGGCAUGGAUAAUACGAACAACGGCCAGACUGCAUUUUCAUUGUCAUGUGGUCCCGUCUGUCACUCCUUCGAAGAUUUGGAGUUGUUGACGGAGUUUGGCAUCUACUAUCCGUCCGGAAUCGAAGGGAUUUUGGACACACUUAAAUCCUCCGAGGAACCUUUGAUUCCAGUCUUCACCAAACUUCAGGAUAUCUACCAGCCCAAGCCACUGUCUGCAGCAGAGUUACUCAAGCUGAACAUUAAAGCAAGAGUCUACAAAGAGCAGUUCUUGGCGGCAUGGGAUGCUACGGCUUCAGAAACACAGUCAGGUCGGCCAAUUGAUGCCCUGAUCUGUCCCUCAGCGCCUACCAUUGGCCUCCCUCACGACUUCAAUCUUUAUUGGGGAUACACUUCGCUAUUCAACAUUGUCGAUUAUCCUUCAAUCAUCUUGCCAAUACCCGAACCUCUGGAAGCAGACCCUAUUCAUGUUACCUACAAACCUCUCAACACCAAUCCUUUCGAUGAAGCCAACUCUCACCUCUAUACCCCGGAGCUCUUUUCGAAUCUGCCUUACACUAUCCAGAUUGUCGGACGUCCGUUCAAAGACGAGGAGCUAAUUCAGGUGGCCUCCAAAAUUGAUGGGUUGUUUUAG